AUGGGAGAGCAACUGCUGCGCGCUGAAGUUCAGGCGAUACGGGAACGGCUGAGUGCGCACAGGACAUGGUUGCAGCGUCUGGACGUCGAGGACAACAUGAUCGAGCUGAAGAUAGCAAUGCAGGGCAACGCUCAUCGCCUCCGUUUCCUUGUGUACGAGGCCGAUGCGUACCCGAACAGUGGAGGUAUGAUGAUGAGCGAGGACGAUGCAGAUUCAGACCUAGUGGAAGCCAUCAACACUCUCUUGACCGCGGAAUCCUUGACGGUCAUGGAUGUGUUGCGGGCCGCAUCGCAAGCAAGCAAGGUGUCGGACAAAGACCUCCUUGCUUGUUUGGAUGAUGGUACGGGAGAUGGUUUGCAGGACCAGCGGCACUCCGACGCCGAUGGAAGCUUUGCCUUCGAGGGUGACGAUGAAGGAGAUUUGUGCAUCGAGGCGCCCUCAGAGCGCUCAGAGCGCCCUGGCUGGAAGAAGAUGAAGUGGCAGGAAGUGGAGGACCAAAGAUUGGAAGACCAACGCCUGGCGACGCAGAAACGGCGAAAAGGUGCGGAAUCGAUGAACAACGAAGAGCUCAAAGCCAAGACGGAGCAGAUCUUCAACUCCUCCGAGGCCUUCAACAUCCUGUCGAACGAGCUCUUUCAGCUUCAGACGCACAUGACAGCUGGUCUUGAAGCCGAUGCCAUUGACUUCAAUGUCCACAGCUGGGUCGUAAAGCUGCGUGGAUUUUCGAAUGGACUUUCGGAGGACUUGAAAGAGCUGAAGGCACGUUGUGGUUACGACUACGUGGAACUACGAAUAAGCUUCCGGGAGGAUCUUUAUCCUUUCUACCCUCCUUCGGUAUCCAUCGUGCGGCCUCGGUUGCUGGGUAGACACGACGUGCAGGCAGCGUUGGCUUGCCAUCCACGGCUCCAGCUUAAGGGCUGGAGCCCCUUUCAGUCGUCCAGGGACAUGCUCGUCUCCAUCCGCAGUUUCCUGGAUCGGGUGGCUCGAGUGGAUCUGGAAAGCGACAGGAAUACAAUUGUCGAUUUUCCUGAGGGUGCUUUCUCCGUGGUGGAGCAGCAGCUCGGGCUUCUGCGUCGUCUUCGGGGCAUCGUACCUUUAGAUCUUCGACCUGAGACUUUGGGCAAUGCUUAUGAGGAUGACCCUUGGGCACAGAGUGAAGAGCUACAAUCAAGCUCUUUCAGUGCCAUGCUCUCCGGAGGCAGGAAGUCAACCUCGUCUUCUGCAGGUCCAGGAGCUGCUUCUAGAAGCUCCGGAAGAUGGGCUGCCGGAGUGGGCUAUGGAACGGCAUGCAUGGGAAGAGGACAUGACGGCUGGGAUCCUGCAGCUUUGAGAGCAGCACAGGAGGCUCAGGACCUGGAGCUGCAGCAAAUGGUGUCGUCAAUUAGCAGAAGCCUGCCGCAUUACGAGACAGGCAAGGAUGACUUGGCAGACCUGCUGUCCAAGUCAUGUCUGGUGCCCUUCCUGGAAGGCGAACUUUCUGCAUCCUACACAAGCAUCAGCGAGAGAUGUGGCAUCUUCCGAGAAGUUUUGGGUUUGGUCAAGCAGCUGCUGGUCAGCCUACCGCAGCAUGCGCCCUGCUUGUUGCAGCCCAUCCGAGAACACUUGGCGGCGGCCAAGGCUUCAGCGGAGACCUUCCAGCGUUGUCUGGGCCAGUGCGCCUCUCACGAGGAUGCUGCCAGGGACGUGGCCUUUGCCAAGCUUGUGGCGGCAACUGCCGAUGACCUGGAGAGGCUUUGCCAUGCCCCACGGUCACUUCCAGCAUCAGGAAGUGCUCAGACGGAAUACAGUCGCUUGCUGUCUGUGCACCAGCUGGACUCGAGCAGCAUUGAAGAUGGGCAUGCCUUUGCACAGAUUGCCCGGAACGAGCACUGCAUACCACAGGCGCGCACGGUUCGUUUGGCCAAGGAGUUAGCGGGCCUGGCUGCAUUGUUGCCGCUGUCGGACUCCUCAUCAGUGUUUGUACGGAACGGUUCACAGCAGCAGCAGCUAUGGCGGGCUUUGAUCACAGGGCCGGAGGAUACCCCCUACAGUGGAGGAUGCUUUGUCUUUGACGUGUACUUUCCCGUUGGCUAUCCGAAUGGACCGCCGGAAGUAAAGCUCUUGACUACAGGCGGUGGGACUGUGUGCUUCAAUCCCAACCUCUACAGCAAUGGGAAGGUGUGUCUUUCGUUGUUGGGAACCUGGCAAGGUGAGCGAAGUGAGAGCUGGGAUGCGCAGACCUCUCGCGCGGUGCAGGUGCUCGUUUCCAUACAGUCGCUGAUCUUAGUGCCACAGCCGUAUUUUAACGAGCCGGGCUAUGAGACACAGAUUGGGACGCCUCGUGGAGACAGUCAAAGCAAGGCCUACAACGCCACAGUGCGCGAGAACUGCGUCAGGUGGGCCAUGAUCGACGUGUUGAGAUUGCCUAUGCCAGAGUUUGCUGAAGCUAUCAAGCUGCACUUCAAGCUGCGAGGUCUUGACUGCCUUUUAUGUGGCGAGCAGCGCUUUUGCCACCAGCGAAGCAUCACGGAGAAUGUCGAAGAGACCUUUGCGGCAAACUUGUUGUGGGGCACCUAUCUGUUGGGCACUCUGGCAUUACCUCUGUUGCAACUGAGCAACGGUCGGCUUGUGGUUGUGAGCAGUUGGGAGAUGUACGCGACUGCGCUCCCGGCAUUGCCCCAGCUUACCUCAGAUGGCAAGGAGGAGUACGAUGGCUUUCUCGCUUUUGCCUACGCAAAGCGAGCACAGGUGCUUCUUUGCGAACACUGGGCCACGGAGUUUCCGGAAGUGAAAGCUGUCAGCUGCCACACAGGAUGGGUCGAAGACAGGCUAUCACACGACAUGUACGGAGAAAGUGCCGUGCUAUUGGAGCCAAUGCGCGAUGCUUGGGCAGGUGCCGAGGGCAUCGCGUGGCUUUGCACUACGGCAUCUCGCAACCUCGUUUCAGGUGCCUUCUACUUGGACAAGGAACCACAGAGCAAGCACCUUGCAGGCCCCUUCUUCUCCGAGGGCACAGCAACUCACAACAGCAGCACCGAUGUUCACCUCUUCCUUGUAUGCUUACAGGAAUGGAGCCAUGGCCAGCGAGUGGCGACAGUGCGGCGUCCCGCAAAGAGUGGCUUCCCUCUACUGCAAGAUGCCGCUGUUACAGAUGGCUCUCGGUUUCAGCUCAACAAGUUCAUGGGCUUUUGGUAUGUUCUUUGGCACAUUCCCAGUACUUGGGACAAGGCGUGGUCUAACAUCGUCAGGGAUUACAAGCUGGACGCAUCUCAGUCGGUGGUCACGGCCCGCCAGAUCAGUCGCGAGGGUGAAAAACGAAUCAUUCACGAGGAGCACCUGGCAGUGAUGGGGUCCCAAUCUGAGUUUCAGCGACAGCCGCAAGUUGGAGCGAGCUCGAGGCUGCUUCCUCGAUACGUGGUGCUUUAUUGCUCUGACAAUGCCAAAGUUGGAAUGAUGGGCACAAGUGAUCGCAGCAAGCUGUGGAUACUGUCGCGAGAGUCAACUAUGGAGCCGCAAAGUCUGCAGAAGCUUCGUGAACAUGCCAAGAAGUUCGGCUUCAGGCUGACUGACUUGAUCUCGGUGCCGCAGCAGUGGAGACAGGACAAGGCUUCGAAGCAGAACGACCCCAACAAAGGGUGUUGUCCCCGUGUGUGA